UCCUAUCUUCGACCCAUGCCGUGAUGAUCCCAAUGUGUUCUGACAGAUGAAGCUACGUUGUGUUCUGCUUCUAGAUGAUCAGUUCCAGACCCAUGCACCUGGAGCCUCAUCGAUGACGUCGGUACCUCGCGACAUCCUAUUGCGACACACUCUCCACGCCACAACCAAACCCAGAUCGCACACCCUCAAUUAUUCCAGUAUCUGUCGGUCCUUGAGCUCUACGGUACAUCAGCACCCAGCAGCCUCGAGAAACUCCUCCAAAAUGUCAUGGAUGGACAGCUGGUCCCGCCCUUCCAAAUCACAGGCCACACCGCCUCCACUAUACCUUACUAUCGGCGAUGCAGUGCCUUAUUGCCAUAGCUGCGGCCGCGUUAUUGGAGAGAGGAAAAAGCAUGCGGGACAGGAAGUCAAGUACUGCUCCGCACGGUGUCGAAACAACAAGCCCCGUCCUAUCGACAGAAGGAUCGAGGCUGUCUUUGCCGCCUUGCUCGACGGCGCGACACCUGAGUCUCUCAAAGAUAAAGAUAGUGAUGUUGAAGGCGAAGUUGUGCCCGUGGGACGGAGCAGCAAAGAAUCCAACGAGAAAAGCAGUGGUAAAAAGAAGAAAACAGUAAAGGGCGACCCGAGGAUCAUCGCAGAGUGUGCAACCGUCGAGGAGAUCGUCUUCGCACGGGAGAAGGACCCUACGAAGGUUUUCGGUCGGAGGAAGAACAGGGCUGCGAGAGGAGUGGUCGAAGAGGGCGAGUGGAAGAGCGUGGAUAUGGUCGAUGAUCCUCACGUCCCUACAACACAAUCGACCGCUCCCGAUACAUCAAGUGAGAAGGACCACACAUCAGAUGUGGACUCUGAGGACGCCACGGGUGGGGUCUCUUUGGUUAAGAAAGACAUGAAUGAGCCAGCCUACGGUUUUGGUGCCGGAAAAAUCCGCCCCCCACAAGAAAAGUCCGACAUCAACGGCGGCAUUGGCGGUGAGAAGGGCCGGGCGGAGCGCAUCCAUGAGACCGACGAGAUGAAGGCAAAAAGGAAGGACGGUGAACGAAGGGCUGAGGAAAAGGAGAUGGUUAAGCGGGCUGCAAGAAGGGGUGUUGCAUUCGGAUUUGGUGAUGGCGAAGAGAAGCGGAAGUGUGAGGCUGUGAUGAAGGGAGUGGUCGUCGAGAGUAGCUUUGCAAAAGGCGAGUGGGGGAUAAGAUGGAGAGAGAAAUGAGCACUGAAGCAGGGUCGAACUCUGUAAGAUAAACCGCAGGGUUGCAUGAAGUCUCGUCAAAAGAGCAUGCACGGUC